GCGUACACUAAUGGAUUUCUAUUCCUCGUUGAUAUUUUAAUAUUUGUUCUAAUUCUUGACGAUGGAGAUCGUUACUUGUGUCAAUAAAUUUGGGAUUCUUGGCGAAAUCAGAAUCUAAUGAACUUUAUUUUUUUUCAGAAUCUUAAAAUCCAGAGGAGGAGAGGAUUCUGUUUUCUCGUUUUUGAUUGGUGAGAGGGGGAGAAUUCUUGUUCACUGUAGUCUAAAUUCGUGAGAAUCUGGUUUUUGUCUUCGGGGAAACUAUAAAUCUCAGGGUGGUUUAAUACUUUGAUAUUUCCUCGAAUGAGAAGAGUUCAGCUUCGUUCUUUGCAUCUCUGUCUGAAAACUGAGCUUCGUGUGUGUUUGUUUAGUCGAAGGGAGUGAGGACUGGAGGAGAUUGAAGUUUAUUGCUUCAAGUUCCCGUAAAUUGAUUCAAGGAGCAGCAAAACAAGAUGACCAUGGAUCGAAACCAGGGAUCGGAGAACUCGGAAGCAGCAGCUAAAGGAGUAGCGGUGGUGGCGAUUGACUGCUUGAAAGGGAGCUCGAAAGCCGACGAAUGGAACGGGGACAUGCUUCAGACCGGGGACAUCGUAGAGGAGCUCAAGAUCGGGAGCUUGAUGUGGGUCAGAUCUCCAUUCAAGAACGGCAAGCAGGGCGUGCAGAAGCUCUUGCACGACUCGUUUAAGAAGAAGGAGACUUCGAUUCAUGUCAGAAUCCGACGAGGCCGAGACGAGUUUGUUGAGUUGCAGGCUUGCAUCGUUCCCAAUGAGUUCGCCGGGAAGAAGCAGUACAUGCUCCGGUCGAUCGAGGAUCCUAACUAUGCCGUCGGGUUCGUCGACCGGACGGAAAGCGAGUGCUUCGAGCUGCAAGGUUCAAGAAGUACCCGGGUGGUCUCUGCCUUGAGCAGGGCUCAGCUUCAAGAUGGAUACGUAUCAUAUCCAUGGGAGAGGAGGAUCCAGGAGUUACUCCCUGUUCCUAAUUCAAGCUGCUUUCUGUCUAUGCUACUUCUCCCUAAGGCCUCUGACAGGGUUGCUUCUCGGUACAAUGACCUGGAGGACACACUCUCCAGGGCAAACUCCUGGCUUAAUGCCUCUCAGGCUUCUGGAGUACCUAUUGUGUUCAUGAACAUCCAGACAGAGUCUCUUCUUACCAAGAUUUCUGGAGAGACGGCUUCAUCCACUGUCAAUGCUGGUUCCUUGUCUGACCUAUCAAACCUUGCCAAUGUCAGUCUCUAUGGUUUUGAGGAUUACCAUGGGGUUGACAUUGGCGUAGUGAGAGCAGUCCGUCUCUGGUAUGCUCCGAUUGGUGGCGAGUUUGCAUUAGAGAUCAAAUUAAAGGAAGGAGACACAAAGCUUGGAUUUGCCAUUAGCCGCACAGAAGAGGGCUUCAUUUACAUUUCCUCUGUGAUGGAUGCCGGAGAAGACGUGGCUUCCACUCGAUCAGGACUUAGAGAUCUGUACAAAGAGGCGAUGAGAGCUUCUAAACUCCUGGUGCUUUCAAGAGUUUCCAACCAGAAAGUGCUCCCCUGGAUGGUGUCUUCGACGGGAGCCAUCCGGUGCUAUGACACCAUCUCGCUCAGCCAGAAGCUGUCAUUGCACCGUCACGCUCUGAAGCCGAUUCUCAUUCAUGUUUUCAUGUGGGACCGAGCAUUGGCUUGCCAGAGUGGAGGCAUUGGCAGGUUCAGGGCCAAUCCAACGCCUGUGAUGCCGGUGCCAUAUGAAAUGGAGUUACCACGUCCGACCAACGAGAGCCAAAUACUGCCUCUACCACCUGAUGUCGAGCUCCCUGAAGGCCCAGAACUGAGGAUUGAGAGAGACACGGCUGGGGAGUUAUCCUUUAGGUUCCAUGACUUCUCACUUUCGAGCAAUUGGGUGUGAUAGUCUUGUCCUAAACUUUUUGUUUGUAUAAAUAUGUGACGUCAUGAGUUCGCCCCAAGUCUUAACUAAUGGGCCCCCAUCACGAGCUUGAUUGAUGGAAUAAAGGGUAAACUUUGGUUCACCAUUUUGAACUUA